AUUUGUCAUGAUCCACAUCCUUUCGCGGGAAAUUUUCCUCUCUAUCUUCAUUUAUUUACACAGAACUGUUCUAUUAUUAAUCCUACUAAGCCGCUAGAAUGACAAGAUAAAUGAGACGGAUGUCAGGGCGUUAUUAACCCGUGUGACUUCAUUUCUUUCUUUGGCGUUUCAGCAUUUCUCAAUCUCGAGACCGAUUAGAAUAGUUUACGGAAUUGCAGUUGAAUUGAGCGGAAAGGAUCAGCGCUGCAAAAUCGCGACGAAAUAACCGAGAACUCAAGAGACGGCUGUGUCACAUGUUGUGAUUGGUUUCUAGUGAUGACAUCAUUCAACCAGCUGAAGCCUCCGGAGCGAGAUCUCACUCUGACGUCCCACGUGAAGUCCAUCAAGUCAUUGAAGCAGGCUGGCAUCACUGCGGCCAUUUUCACUGGACAAAUGAAACUUGACAACGAAGAGUUUCCGCUGGAGGAACCGGUUAUGGAUGCGAUCCUGGCCGACAUCGAGGCUCUGGUGCCCACUCACGACCAGGCUGGUCGUCCAAUUGCCGAGUGGAAACGUCAGGUGAUGGUGAGACAGAUGCAGACCCGACUGCAGGAUGAGGCAGACCAGAGGCAACAGGACUGGACCACUGACUGCCCACCUGCGGACGGCUGGAAGUUCUCCCAGACCCACAAUGCUGUUCUUGGGCCCUUUGGUGAGCUCCUAACUGAAGAAGACAUGCUGUAUCUGCAACAACAGAUCGACAACGUGUCCCUCCAGAAGCGUCACCAGGCCUACGAGUUGGAGCUGACCAGGUUGAUGAAAGAACUAGGGUCCAUGUUACCGGACCAGAUCCUGAACAUCUCCCUGAAGAAAGAGGGUCUGCACCAAAUGGACGAGCAGCGAAGUCAAGACCUGCCGGUCUGGUGCAGUCGCGUCUCGGAGAUAGUCAGAAGUAUGUCGCUGUUGGUGGCCAACCUGACCCAGACCAUCGAGGAUGGAUCUGUGAGGACCAUGGUGGAGCGUAUAAUGAAGGGACGGCAGGGUUCAGGCGAUGGUCUGGAAGUAGACCUGGGCAAUAAAACGCUGCUGGACCAAAACGGACAUCAGAGAGUGUCCAUUUUUGGGCAUCGUUUAGACAGCAAUAGGAAACGAGUUGAGAAGGAGAUCCGCCAGUCCGGGGUGUCCGUCAGAAAGCUUCGAGCCAAUUUUGAAGGGCAGAUCGGUGGCAUUUAUCCCUUUGCCGGGGUGGUUCCAGGUAGCCAGGCCUCAAAGAACGAAAUAGUAUCUGAGUUGUCAGGGAUGAGCAAGCCAAAUGGUCAUGUGAGAUUUAGCAGCAAUCCUAUAAAGCAUUCGCAUGUGAUCGAGACCACGAGUCUAAGGAAAGAGCGCAUUGUAGUGUUGUUCCUGAGCCACUGGAAAAAGUCGGCUUACGCCAUCGCCACCCGGGCGGCUACGCGAGAUGCGAAAUCGGAACGAGGCCAGCAGAAAAUGCCAUCCUUGUUUCAGUUCUGCCAAAAGCGAGGCGCGGUGGACAAGAUGUUAACUUCUUGGAGAAAUAAACUCCAGCCGCGUGGUGUUCAAACAUCCCAUUUGACAUCAUCGCAAAGUCAACUUCGAGUGUUCUCUCCGGAGCAAUUCCUACCUGAGGCGGACGGCACGGCGGUGAGCCACGAUAGUUUGACAUUGGAUCUCUUCAUGCUGGGAUACUUCAACAUUUUGGAGCAGGAGUUGUCGCCGGUUGAGAGGAAGAUGAGGCAUCUGCUCUGCUUCGAAGUCUUUGACCAUGUGGGGUGUUUCCCAUGGGAGACCGUGCGGGAAUUCCACAAGGUUGUUCUUGAAGAAAUCCGAGCUGGAAGCCGACAUUGGAGCGACGGCUUCGAUGACAUCAAAUUCCGCUUCUUCGGCCCAUCAGAACCAAAGUCGGAUAGCGGGCCGGUGCCUUCAGUUGUAGUUCAGUGUGCUUUGCCGGAUGAGGGCAGCUGCGGCACAGACUUGUCCUGUUUCAACAACGAAGACAUUUGUCAAUAUAUCGAUCGCAGCUUUGCUUUCUGGAAGGAGAAGGAGGCGGAGAUCUUUGAUUUUGAACAUUAACCACACUCUAAAACCUGAUGCUUUUUUUUUUCACUUAGUGUGUGUCGAGUGUGGUUAUUUGACAUGGGCUGAAGAGUGACUUGGACAGAACGUAAUUUACAUUGAUCUUAGCGCGAGGGCAGCAGAGUGCUCUAGUGUUUAGCAUGUCUGCCUCACAGUCGAGUAUCACAAGUUAGAAUCUCCACAUUCAUACAAAUGGACACUUUAGAGUAUUCAGUGAAGCGAACAUGAAUAAAUAAAACCCUGUUGAAAGUGCACUAUGCAUUUUCUGUAUGUGAAUG